AUGACGGUGUCCAGUGGCCUUUCGACUGUGUCUCUUCCGGAUUUUAACCUUGACAACUUCCCUCCACCGCGCCCAUCUACCCCUGCAGCGCGGGCCGCUACUACACCGCUGAAGCACGCGGAAUUUUUCCACUCUCCCUUGUCUUCUGAAUACAAGCCUACAUCGCCAAUGCCGCCUCCGUACAAGCAGUACGGAUUGCCCAGCAAUCCACGUUCUCUUAGAAGCCUGGAGAGCGGUGUCCGACGCUACGCGCCUCCUCGCCCACGUAGUGGGAUUCGCGGCGCGAUUAGCGGUAUCUUCUCACACAAACCCGAACCGGACCUGGACAUCCCUAUACAAGACGUUUCUUCCGACAGCUCGCAUACACGGGGUGAUAGCGCGCGUACGAAUGCAUGGUCACCUCUGCGUAUCGAGAAAAGAGAGAUCGUGCACACGGAGUCUUGUCGUUGUCAGAAUCCGAAGCGAAAGAAGCAACAUCGGCUGUGUAUCGUUCUGCUCGUGAUCCUGCUGCUUUAUCUGUUCGUGAACGCUGUUGUGGUGAACAUACGCGUCUUCGCUGGAAAGAAAAGAGAUACGAAUAUACUUUCACCAGAACAACAGCUGUGUCUUACGCAGUUCACUGUGAACGCACCGGCGAACGCGUCGCUGUACCCUUGUUCAACAUGCCUCAAUUUCCUUCAAGGGAUUCCGUCUUCAUUCAGAUUUGCAGCACCAGAUGACGCGCAGACACUCUCAAAUAGUCUCCAGUUCUGUGGCUUGCAGUCUCUCUUCACGGCAUCGGGAGCCGCUGCCCAAGGCGCAUUAGCAAACGGAGGUUGGGUACAGGAUGUUAACUUUUGGAAAGUAAAGUCAUUGCAAAUGGUGUUCCCUGCUGUACCAUCAGUUAUGCCAUCAGGAAUAGGCGCUUUGACGUCCCUCCAGUCAUUGCAGAUAACCGGUGGGAACGGUAUACCAGCUGGCGCUUUCCCAGGAAGCUUCGCCAACCUCACCUCUCUCACCUCUCUCGACCUCGAAAGUACAUCUCUAACAGCCCCACCGGCGACGCUCUUCCAACAGGGCGCAGUGAGCGGGCUCACGAGUUUGACACUUGUGAAAAAUACGGGUUUCGCGGGUGCGUUUCCGGAUGUUAGUGCUUUGGCUUUGCAAAGUUUGGUUGUGAGCGACCAACAAAUCUCAACACCCCUCUCGAGCCUACUCAACAGCUCUACGAUAACAAACUCACUCACGACGCUAUCCCUAACCUCAACAAACCUAACCGGCUCCUUCCCUUCCUCCUCUUCCUCCUCUUCACAACAAGGACAAGACCUACCGAACCUACAAACCCUCUCCCUAUCCUCCAACCCCUCCCUCUCAGGCUCGAUGCCAGAAUCGGUAUGUGCGAGUACGAAACUCGUGAGUUGUGA